AUGUCUCUACUGUCCUUACAACCGAUCCAGAUACUUAAAGAAGGUGCAGAUGAAGAAAAGGCUGAAACAGCCCGUCUAUCCUCUUUCGUCGGAGCCAUAGCUAUAGGAGAUUUGAUAAAAAGCACUCUUGGGCCCAAAGGCAUGGACAAGAUACUUUUCUCUAUGGGCGAUACAAACGAGGUUACAAAUGAUGGUGCAACCAUACUAAAGUCAAUAGGAGUAGAUAAUCCAGCUGCUAAAGUCCUUGUCGAUAUAAGCAAAGUCCAGGAUGACGAAGUUGGCGAUGGAACGACUUCUGUGGCUGUAUUUGCUGCCGAGUUGCUUAAACAGGAAGCUGAAUAUUUGGUUGGAUCUAAAAUGCAUCCUCAAACUAUAGUUACGGGCUGGCGACAAGCCAGUCAAGUCGCCCUUGCUAAACUUAGUGACAUCGCGAAUACGCAUGAUCCUGGAAGCGGUGAGCUAUAUUUGGACAAAGCUUUCCGUGAAAAAUUGGUUAAUAUUGCCAAAACUACACUGAGUUCCAAAUUGGUCACUCAGCAUAAAGAGCAUUUUGCCAACUUGGCUGUUGACGCCGUGUUACGCCUAAAGGGCAAGGGUACUUUGGAAGCUAUUCAGAUAAUCCCAAAACUUGGUGGCACUAUGGAUGAAUCCUACCUGGAUGAAGGAUUUCUACUUGAUAAAAAGAUCGGGGUAAACCAACCAAAAAGGAUCGAAAAGGCCCGAAUACUUAUUGCCAAUACUGCUAUGGAUGCGGAUAAGAUCAAAAUAUUUGGGAGUAAAAUUCGUGUCGAUGCUAUUUCCAAAAUUGCAGAGUUGGAAUUAGCCGAAAAAAAUAAAAUGAAAGAUAAGGUGCAAAAAAUUCUCAAACAUGGCUGUAACCUCAUAUACAACUACCCGGAGCAGCUGUUUGCAGACGCUAAAGUGAUGGCUAUUGAACACGCCGACUUUGAUGGCGUUGAGAGAUUGGCUCUUGUAACUGGUGGAGAGAUUGUUUCUACGUUUGACUCUCCAGACAGCGUCAAACUCGGACAUUGUGAUCUGAUUGAAGAGAUAACUAUAGGCGAAGACAGUCUUCUUAGAUUUGCGGGCGUUGCCCUUGGCGAGGCCUGCACCAUUGUUCUUCGUGGGGCCACAAAAACGAUUCUAUCCGAAGCCGAACGUUCCCUUCACGAUGCCUUAUGUGUUCUCUCGGAAACGGUAAGGGAUCCACGUCUUGUCUAUGGAGGUGGGGCGACGGAAAUUUCGAUGUCGGAAGCCGUUUUAAAAGCUGCCACCAAGGUUGCUGGUAAGGUCGCUGUUGCCAUGGAGGCCUUUGCGCGAGCAUUGCGACGGCUUCCUACGAUAAUUGCAGAGAAUGGCGGAUAUGACAGUGCCGAGCUUAUAGCACAACUUAGAGCGGCUCAUGUUCAAGGAAACCAUAAUAUGGGACUUGAUAUGGAGAACGGUUGCAUUGCUGACAUGAGCGUCUUGGGAAUUUUGGAAUCAUACCGCGUUAAGAAACAAAUCGUCCAAUCGGCUUCAGAAGCUGCAGAAAUGAUCUUGCGGAUUGAUGACAUUAUCAAAGCUGCCCCGCGCAAGCGAUCCGGCCGGUACUAG